UGACGGUUACUCUGUGCAGCACACUCAGGACUUCCUCCUUUCUUCAUGUUUCCGUAGCCGCCUAAACCAGUCAUCUUUUCACCAUCGCUGAGAAAUCAUAUAAGAAUAUUUGGAUCCUGAAUACAACUUGGUUAGGGCCGAAGCUACCACAGAGAUUGCCGGGGCUAAGAGUCCCUGAUCCACCUACCUAGGCCCUUCACCAGGGAGCAUCCCUGAGCUUCAGCAUGUCACAGCAGCACAUGCUGGCCUUUUGGAUCAUCCUUCUGUUCAGUCGUGGCUCAACAGCAUCCUCAAAUGUUUCUUCUCCAAGCCCUGAGAGAGCAGUGAUAACCAUGCCAACAGGUGUGGCCGAGGUCCUAACGUCAGCUCCUCCACUCCACAGCUCAACAGCAUCCUCAAAUGUUUCUUCUCCAAGCCCUGAGAGAGCAGUGAUAACCAUGCCAACAGGUGUGGCCGAUGUCCGAACGUCAGCUCCUCCACUCCACAGUUCAACAGCUUCCUCAAAUGCUUUUCUCCCAAGCAAUGAGACAGCAACGCCCACGUCAGAUAAUACAACAACUGUCCCUGUUACCACAAAUGUGACCGAGGUCCUAACAUCAGUUCCUCCAUCCCACAAAGACCUUCGAGUGAUAUCCCAAUUCCCAUUCAGCAUUAAGGCGGUUCCCCCUGGGCCGAUGGCUGAGGGCAAAAAUUACAGCCUUUCAUGCCACACUGAAAUCUCCAUACCUAAUGUUGACAAUGUCACUGUAGAGUGGUUUAUAGGACAGGAUCGGUUGAACACAGAAACAGUCAAUAGCACCAUGGAGGCUAUAAAUGCGACCUACUCUUUCCUCUACACGCCCCUCUUAGCUCAUAAUGGGGCACAAUACAAGUGUGUGGUACAGUUCCAGCCACCAGGAGAGACGUCUCCUCUUCAAAACAGAUCAAAUGCACUCAACAUUUAUGUGUACAGUGGCUGUCCUGUUGAGAUCAGUCCCCCCUCUCUGGUGGUGAGGUAUGGAGAUUCUGCUUCUGCCACUUGUCGUACACUCGUACCCAUCGGUGGUAUGGGCUGGGAGUCUACUGUGGGGGCUGUGGGUUUGGAGGAGGGUGUUACUGAGCUCAACUGGACUGUGAAGGAGCUGAGAGAGUGGACAGUGAGGCCACAAUGCUACAUCAACCCAGAGGAUGGUGACCAGUGCCAGAAAGAACUCCCUGUCAUCAUUUACAAGACUCCAGACAGUAUGUCAGUUACUGCAAAUCGUCAUGGUCCAAUGGCAGAGGGCAAAAAUUACACCCUUACUUGCCACAUUGAAAAUAUCGCUCCGGUUCAGAAUCUGACUGUUAAGUGGUUCAAAGGAGACACGCUGUUGAAGGAAGACCGUGGACACCAUAGCAGCAGUGAGGGUCCACAAAAUGUUACUAGUGACCUCCGGAUUGUCCCCGAUAUAUCAGAUGAUGGAGCACAAUACAAGUGCACGGCAGAGCUGGACUUAGGACCAGGAGGACCUCCUAAACAGACAUCAGACCCCUUCAACAUCACUGUGUACAGCAGUUGGACUGGGUCUGCAACCUUUACAAUAAUCUUUGUCAUUCUGUUUCUUUUUUUCGCUCUGAUAUUUGUAAUCCUUUACAUAAAACGCCGUAGACAGGGGAACUACAACGUAGUACAAACGAGCAUUCCACUGAAUGAAAUGGCAAAUGGACAGGCAUGAACACCAGGGGCAUAAGUAUAGGCAGUGCAGCUGCCUACAAUCAUGAGGGGCCCAUGGCAUACAAAUGUUCUCCUACGCAGAGGGAGAGGGCCCCUGUGCAGUGGCGUUUCUACAUUAGGGGCACGUGGGCCACUGCCCCACUCCAGAUCCAGAUGGCGCUGUGGUGCAGAAAGCUCAAUUCAUCUGUGCUUUG